AUGGGCCCCUGUACCGCCUCCUCAUGCUGCUGCCAGGCCCGUAAUCUGCCAUGGCCCCCGUACCAACUCCUCAUGCUGCUGCCAGGCUCGUAAUCUGUCAUGGGCCCCUGUACCGUCUCCUCAUGCUGCUGCCAGGUCCAGAGUGUGUCAUGGGUCCCUGUACGGCCUCCCAUUGCUGCUGUCUCCAUCGCCACACUCUGCCAUGUGCCACUUUCAGGUCUCCUCACACUGCUGGUGGUUUCCAUUUUUGUCAUAGGGUGCUGUAUGGCCUCCCAUUGCUGCUGCCUCCACCGCCACACUGUGGCUCCACACUCUGGUUUUGGCCCCGUGACUGCCCAAAUGAGUGAAGUGUGCGGUGAUUCUAAGAUCGACGGCACUCAUCUGCAUGUCAUACUGACUGUCAGUAUUAUUUCUCUUCCCCAGCAGACUCCAAGGGCAUUUAAAUUAAAGGUACAGUGUUCUGCACUAAUAUAA